ACCUACCUAUUAGCUCCAAAUUAACCAGAACACAGAUUCCACAAUUCCACACACUCUCACACACACACAAAUCAAUCCCAUUCAAUUCAUAACAAUUUUUAACAAUUCAUAAUAAUAACAACAACAACAACAACCACAAUGCUUGAAAAAUCAAAAUCUGUAACAAAUUCCCCAAUUCAAUUCAACCUCACCAAAUGCAACAACAACAACUCAACAAACUCAGUGGAAAUCGCCGUCGAUUCAAACUUCUGGCCACCGUCACCGGCGGUCAUCGAUAACUUAAUUCUCAAAUUGAAAGCUAAAGACGGAGAUACUGAAUCUAAUUGGGAGAAAAUUAUACUUAAUUUCAAAAAAGAACUUUCUGAUCAUCAUCAAUUACUAGUAGCUAAAGAUGAAGAUGUUGAGCUCAAACCUCCUCCUCCUCCGUCGUCUAUCGGCGGCGCCGGUGACGGAGAUGAGAAGAAAGAGAUAGCUAGACCUAGAUUCUCAGUUCCGUUAUCGCGUAAAGAAAUGGAAAAAGAUUUUGAAGAUAUGGGAGAAAGACGACUGCCACGUAAGCCUAGAAAAAGACCUAAAGCUAUACAGAAUCACCUGGAUACUAUAUUUCCUGGUUUAUGGUUGACUGAGAUACAUCCUGAUCUGUAUAGAGUUACUGAGGUGAAGAAGAGAUAGCGAUGAAUGAUAGUAAUGUGGAAGUUUUGAAGGUUUUUUGUCUAGUGUUGAACCCGUGCUGAAUGAAAUAAAGUGGUGUAUAUCGAUGAUUGGAAAGCUAACAAAUUUCUAUAUCCUUAGUCAAGGUGGGUGAUAAAAUUGGAAUCUGAGUAUGAUCUCCAACGAUGUGCCAGCAUUGUGAAACGUGAAAAAGAUGAUGAACAGUAUAGGCAGAUGGAAGUUGUAUCCAGUAACCGACUUCUCUGUUUGUUAUGUAACCAUAGUUGGCCCAAAAUGACAUGGAGCGAGCUUCUCGUUCCUUGACCAGCCAUUCAACUACACAUUAUGUCUGAUCUCAAACUGCAGUGUGCUGGUGCUGUUUAUCUGUUUGAUGAUCUAGUACUGCAAUUUACAAGUGCUGCUUUACCUUUUCCGAGACCUGGUUGCUUUCCAAUAAACAUGGAUCAACUUGAAACUUCGGCUGCACUGUGGCUAUAAUGUAUCAGAUGUGGGGGUUCUCGUCCAAAAAGGAUUUCUAAAUGGAGACAGCAUGGUACAUUGCAACCUCUUUACCAUUCUUUCAGGGCAUCUUCUGAAGUAAAGCAUCAGAGUUUAUAGGAGCAAAUAUGACAGACUUGGCUAGUCCUCAGUGAUGGCUUUAACUUAUGGAGCACAAAAGACAAGCUGGUCAAACACAAGUCAGUUACUUAUCAUCAUCUAUCAAUAGGGAUCAGGUGGCUGUGGGUAGAUUUUCUUUCAUUUUUGGCUGUUGUAAAUCCCUAAUAAUUGUCAAUUGCGGCCUCCUUGUUAAUUUUGAUAGAAUUGUUUGCCGUAUGAGUGUAUGACUUCAACUAAUCCAAAGAUAUUGUUCGAGUUACUCAA